AGUCACACGGCCCUUAUCCCAAGUGAAAGGCGCGUGUCUGUGGAAAUGAACUUUGCGUCGUCGUGCUAAUGAAAUACUGGUGGGAAUCUCACAGACUUCAAGGGAGCGACACACCUGCAACUCAGGGAAUGAGAAAGACUGAACAUGUCGAUGAAUAAGCUAUAGUACCAGUAAAUACGAGUCAGUCCGCUGGAAGUUGCAACUAGAGGGCUGGGUGCGGGACAUACCGCUACUGAGUUAUGAGAGGAAAAGUGCGCUUGAGGCGGCGCCAGGCUGUAACACGAUGAAGUUGUUGGGAAAGGGAGAGAGUGACUUGUGGGCAAGUGAAGAGGUGUGCUCUCCCUCUGAAGGGAAUUGCCCAGCGAGCAGCAGGGUGGGAGGAAAAUGAAGGUGACGUGCAAAUCACUGAGGGUGGGUUACUCCAACUCCUCCUCACUCUGAGCCGGGCUCAACAGGGAGGGAGUCACAUGUGUCACACGCAGACCUGCCGCUGCUUUCACUGGGUGUCUGCUCCUUCAUAUCAGUGGAUCUGUCGGUGGGUUGGAGAGAAGAUAGAAAGGGGAGCCCCACCAUUCCCCCCUCUCACCUGCCUGCCCUUGGAUACGCUGCCCUGCACUCUCCUGCGGUGAAUUCUCUCUCUUGUGUCAUGGAGUUAGUUAUCCGGUUAAUAAUUGCCUGCUCCCUGUACAUCAACGCUGCCGGGGACUAUGAUGGAAGGUGGCCUAGACAGAUUGCAUCUGCCUCGGGACUGUGUCGCUAUGGUAACAGGAUAGACUGCUGCUGGGGAUGGGCCCGCCAAUCAUGGGGACAGUGUCAGCCUUUCUACUACGCCUUAAGACAGAGAAUAGCCAGCGUAAGGUGCCGAUCGCAAGCCAUUUGUCAGCCAGCAUGUAAACAUGGAGACUGUGUAGGCCCUAACAAGUGCAAAUGUCAUCCUGGAUACACUGGAAAGACCUGUAACCAAGAUGAUCAGCUGUUGACUACAGUACCUGACUGGUAUCAUGAAGUCCCUUUUUUGUAUCCUGUUGAGGCUCCAGCAACGGGGGUACCACCAGGGGAUCUGAAUGAAUGUGGUUUGAAACCUCGGCCAUGCAAGUAUCGCUGUAUGAAUACAUAUGGAAGCUACAAGUGCUACUGCCUCAAUGGAUAUAUGCUGAUGCCAGAUGGAUCCUGUUCAAAUGCUCUAACUUGCUCAAUGGCAAACUGCCAAUAUGGCUGUGAUGUAGUGAAAGGAGAUGUUCGUUGUCGCUGCCCUUCCCCAGGUUUGCAACUUGGAUCAGAUGGUAGAACCUGUGUAGAUGUGGAUGAGUGUGCAACAGGAAAAGCUGUGUGCCCCAGACAGAGAAAAUGUGUUAACACUUUUGGAAGCUACAUUUGCAAGUGCCAUGAAGGAUAUGACCUGAUACAUGCUGCCGGGAAAUACCAAUGUUUUGAUAUUGAUGAAUGCUACACAGGCCAAUAUCAGUGCAGUCAAUUUGCAAGAUGCUACAAUACUCCUGGUUCCUACAGAUGUAAAUGUAGUGAAGGUUAUCGAGGCAAUGGAGCUGAGUGUGCACGCAUCCCAAGAGUGAUGAUUGAUCCUUCAGGUCCACAUAAUUUUCUACCAGGUAAAGAUAGCACAAGGAAUGUAAUAAGAGGAAAUAGCAGCAAUUUGAGUGGUAGUGAAGGAAGCAGCAACAGGAUUCCAGACUUAAUUGGCAGAGAUCCUAAGAGGCCUCCCUCACCCUCAUUUAUUACAGCUAAACCUGCUCCAAAGACUACAGCUAAACCUACAACACGGCCCCUUCCAAAGCCAGUGACUAGGCCAGCACCCAAACCUGUCACAAGGCCGGCUCCAAAACCAGAAACAAGGCCUCCUCCACAGCCUACUACAAGGACUCCAACACAACCAGUGACAAGGCCCCCACCACCAGUGACAAGGCCCCCACCACCAGUGACAAGGCCCCCACCACCAGUGACAAGGCCGCCACCACCACCAGCCACAAGGCCACCACCACCACCAGCCACAAGGCCCCCACCACCACCAGCCACAAGGCCACCCCAGCCAGCAGUUACAAGGCCUCCUCCACCAGUUGUCACAAGGCCAGCUCCAAGACCAACCACCAGCUCUCCUAUGAAAACAACAAGACCGGAAAUUGUCGUUACAAGAGAACCUGAGUUUGCUUUACACACUACUGUUCCAGUUGAUAAUAGGAUAAAAGUGGAGCCAGAGAAACCCAGAGGGGAUGUCUUUAUUCCACGCCAAGGAGUGCAACACAAUCUCUUUGAUAUCUUUGAAGUGGAAAAAGGGCUCAGUGCAGACGAAUAUGAAGAAAAUGACGAUCCAGGUGCUUUGAUUCAUUCCUGUAAUUUUGACAGCGGUCUGUGCGGCUGGAUCAGGGAUAAAGAAAAUGAUUUACAUUGGGAACUAGUAAAGGAUGAGUCAGGUGGCCAGUAUCUGACUGUUUUGGAGCCCAAAGGACAUGCAGGAAAAGCAGCCCGGUUGGCCCUUCAUCUUGGACACCUUUCACAUUCUGGAGAUCUGUGCUUGUCUUUUAGGCAUAUUCUAUCUGGGGAACAUUCUGGCAAACUCCAGGUCUUUGUAAGGAGAAUUGGCGCCUCUCAUGGACCUGCAGUUUGGGGAAGGAAUGGAGGAAACGGCUGGAGAGAAUCACAUAUAAAUAUACAGGGGAAAAACAUCAAAAGUAUCAUUUUUAAAGCUGAAAGAAGUAAAGAGAGAAUAGGACAACUUGGGCUUGACGACGUAAGUUUGAAGAGAGGUCAGUGCUCUAAAACACAUUAGAGCGGAACUUAAAGUGACAGCCAUUCAAUGCCUGGCUACGCUCAGGAACAGAGCAAGAGGGAAAUUCAAUGCUGUUUUGAAUUUCUGAUGGAAUCGGAAUUCUCAAAGAUACUCCUUUAAGAACCUGAUAGUGGGCACAAAACUGCAGACAAAAGUCAGCACGUUUCCAAAGAAUACAAAUAUAUAUAUAUAUAUAUAUAUAUAUACUGUAUAUAUUACUCAAGAUCAAUUUCUGGAGGGGACUGAAAAGAUUGGGGAAAUGCAUUUUGUUCAUUUGUAUACUAUUGAAAUACCUGUGCCUGUUCAUGUACAUCAACAGCAACCAAUUACUACACCCCUGUUAGUAUUAAAAGUAAUGUAAAUGCUUACUGUAUAAUAACAUAUUUAUCUUGUGUUAACAGAAUUGGCCUCCAGAAAUAGCAUGAUAGGGUGUAAAUAAAUGUGGUGCUAUCCAAUGUUAUAUACCCAAAUUGGGUAACUCAAUAACCAUAAAGAACGAAAGGCCACUGGUAGUCAUCCCAGCAUAACUAGAGAAUAUUAAAUGCAUCAGUUAUGGGAAGGGUUGCAAUGUUAAAUGGUAAACACACUGGCACACAAGGAACUUUUUGUAGGGUUACCCCUUGCGUUUAAAUGCAAGGGGUAACCCUGCAAAAAGUUCCUUGUGUGCCAGUGUAUUUACCAUUUGAUGUUAUAUUGGAGGUCGCCGGACUCCUAGCACUGAGCACCAGGAGUUCUCGUUAUCCAAUCUCCAGGAGUGUGCUCUGCUUCACUCUUCGUCGCUUAAGGGUUGCAAUGUUGGCACAUAACCAGUGAUGCUGCUAGCAGGACGUCCAAUCUUAAGGAUACAAUGGAGGUGCCCCUAUAUACUGAUGCCUUUAAAUAUGUUUGCCUCAUUGAAUUUGUCUAUGGCUGGUAUUUUUUUUUUCACUGAGGCAUUAGAUCUUUCUUACUGUGUCCUAUGGGGUUUGGACUGUGGCUCUACAUAUACAGACCUCAAUAAAAUAGAAUCCGCGAGGCAUCAGUUCUAUAGCUCUGAAUUCUACUUUGUCCAAACUGAGAAAUAUAUGAAAGGAGAAAGAAAGUCUGUUUUCACUUUGUGGGCCAAAUGUUAGGCACCCCCAAGUGAUUGUAUUGAUUUACCUG